AUGAGCGGCGUGCUGAUGGUGCACAAGUUUGAAGAUGAGGACAAACUUCGUGACAACCAUGUCUUUUCAGAUCACCCCCGACCCACACCCACCGACUCCGACAAAAUGCGCUUCCUCUACCAAACCCUCAUGGUGCUUCUCACCUCCCUCCUCCUGGACCCCGCCGUCGCCGCGGACUGCCGACCGGGCGCCACUCGACCCGACCGGUACGAUUGCCACGCCUACCACAAGUGUGAAGGGGGCGAGCUGGUUCGCUUGCACUGCCCGACGGGGCAGGCGUAUAGUGUGUAUACGGGGACGUGUGAGCCCGAGUGGAGGUCGCCGGGAUGUCAUCAGGGGGUUCCGGAGGUGUUCAAUUGA